AUGGACUCGCUUGGGGUUGAAGACUUGUUCGACUUUCGUCGACUUCCCAAAGACCCUCUGGUUCUCCUGCUGCUGCUGCUUUAUUCCCCUGUUGGCAUUUGUUUAUUGUUAAUCCGGAUCUUUAUUGGAGUCCACGUGUUUUUAGUGAGCUGUGCUCUUCCUGAAUGUUUCCUUAGAAGGUUUAUUGUGCGGAUAAUGUGUUCUGUUUUGGGGAUGCACGUGCGACAGAAGAACCCUCGCUCCAGAGACAAGAACACUAAACUGUUUGUGUGUAAUCACGUGACGGAGUUUGAUCAUAACGUCCUCAGCCUCCUGACGCCAUGCAACACGCCUCAUUUGGAGGGCUCCAAAGGCUUCGUGUGCUGGGCCCGAGGCUUCAUGGAGAUGCAGGACUCGUCCUCUUCAGCUGCGAUCGGAGACACUCUGAGAAGCUACUGCUCCACUGACGGCACCACUCCUCUGCUCCUGUUCCCCGAGGAAAGCACCAGUAACGGACGGAAAGGACUGCUCAAGUUCAGCUCAUGGCCUUUCUCAUUGACGGAGCCUGCUCAGCCUGUGGCCAUACAUGUGUCCAGACCCUUCAUUGCACUGAGCAUCCCAGAGUGCAGCUGGCUGGUUGAGCUCAUGUGGACAUUUUUUGUUCCAUUCACAGUAUAUUACGUGAGCUGGCUGCCUCCUGUGUCCAGACCAGAAGGAGAAUCCACUCCAGAGUUCGCAGAUAAGGUCCAACAGUUACUGGCUGCUGAACUGGGCCUCGUCGCCACCAAAUUCACCAAAGCUGACAAAGCAGAGCACAUAAAGCGGAAAAGACACACGGUUCCACAGGCUCAGACAAGUGUCAGAGCGAGCCCCAUCAGUCUCGGGUUUAUGCAGAGCCUCGGCACGGAUGAGCGCAGAUUGGCCAAAAUGGCGCAGCAGGUGCAAGACGUUCUCCCGCACGUCCCUCUGAACGUCAUCACGUUGGACUUGGUGAAAACCAACUGUGUGGACACGACCAUCACAAACUUACUGGAGAGCAAAGAGGAGGUUCUGGAAGCUUCUGGGACUUCAACGUUCUCUUCUUCCCCGGGCUCUUUCUCCAAUUCCACCCCCACCAUCAAGCCCGCUGCCAAACAAUUUGGAAGAUCACCAGCCGACAGACACAUGUCUCUCCAGGAGAGGAAGGAGGCGCUCUACAGCUUUGCCAGAAGGCGCUACCUUGAAAAGCAUGGACUGCCCCAAGAAGACGGUCUCUAG